GUUUUAAAAACCCGCUCCCCUCCCUCUCUCUCUCUCUCUCUCUCUCUCUCUCUCUCUAAUAUAUAUCACAGUGAAAAUCAAGACACUCACUUCGUGAGCAGAAUUUAGAGAGAGAGAGAGAGAGGAAUGGGAUCCGAUUCCGAACCAGAGCCCCAACCGAGCUCCACUCCGCCCAAGCUCCCCCUAUUCUCCCUCCCCAGCAAACCUCACGAGCCUCCGGGAAUGGUCACACCGCCACUCCAAACCCUUGCUUCGGUUCCAUUCCAUUGGGAAGAGGCACCUGGAAAGCCCCGACCCUGUACCUCAAAGCCCAAAGCUGUAAGGUGCUUAGACCUCCCUCCAAGGCUCUUAAACGAGGCCAAAAUUACCAAUACGCCCUCCCCAACCACGGUCCUAGACGGGCCUUACUCAGCCCGAUCACUGUCUCACACAUUGUCGUUUUCUAUGGGAAAAGCGUCGUUUAGGAGCCCCGAGGCAGGGGUGGUUAGGAAACAGAUCGGAAAGGAGAGGUGGAACUUCAGUUCUUGGCGGUGGCCGGGGAGUUUCAAGCAAAAUGCCGGAGCCGUCGAUGAUGGGGGUAGUUUUGACUUUUCACCUUCAGUUGGUUGUGGUCCUUGUGAGAGUGAUGCCUUGGAAGAGUCAGAGGUGAAGACCUCAAAGGUUAGAAAGAGGAGCAGCUUCUUUGGUUCCUCCAAGUCUAACCUCUGGACAAGCAUUUAUGAAAGUGUUAAGCAAGCAGUCCCAUGGAGACACAAACAACAAAAAAUGAAAACUUGAUUGUUUCUUCUCGUGCAGUCAUAUGAUCUCCCUGAUCAUUGAGUUACCCCCCGUGUUGCUCUCGUAUAUGAAUUAUACUAGUUUUUGUCCUUUUUCUUCUGGCAAAAAGACGAACUUCAUUACAUAGUUAGGGGUGGGGAUUGAAACCCGGGUAAAGGCCCAAUCACCGGGUUAUCUACAUGCUCUUGAAUUAUAUUAUACACUAGUUGAAACUCUUAAAUUAAUGUAAUGGUGCACAGGCAUUCCAUAUUAUGUUCCCAGAAUAUUGUUCAUAUCUUGUUCAAUCAAUGAAUGUCGUUGAGAUAUUAGCACAGAUGUACGACAUUUUGACUCUCUUGUCCAAUGUGAAACUUAGGUAUGAAAUGAAUUACUCUUGAAUGUA